ACUGAGUGGAGGGAGCACUCGACCGCCCCCGGACGCCUCCAGGAGCCCGCAGAGGACCAGCAGAACCGGCGCGCCCGGGACCAGCCUCCGUCCGCCUCCGCCUCCUUCUUCCAUCCUCCGCCGCCUCUUUCUCCAGCCUCCGCCGCCGCCGCCGCCGUCGCCGUCGCUGCCUCCUUGGCCCAUAGAGAGGAGGCGGAGGCGGCGGGACUAGAGAUCGCCCAGCGAACGGGAGCCCCAACCGCCGCCACGUCUCCUUCCGGGGAGCCCCCUCGAAACCGCCUCCACCUCUCUCCCUUUCGUGCGGUCGUUUCCGGGACAAACGGCCUAUCAACAUCCGGGUCCGCCUACGGAGGCCGAGAGGCUGUAAUUCUCUCAUCCGCCCCCUCAUCCCCUGUGCGACCCGCUGCGCCGGGAGGGUAGCGGCACCGGGCGCUGGAAGCACGCACCGACCCUGCCAUCUUACACUCAGCCCGCCUGGCCAGGGGCUUGGGACCCUGAGGGUCCGAGAUUCCGGCCUGGGAGCCCUAGACUGCAAGGGAGCGUAGCGGCCGCACGUUCGUAUUCGCAGCCGAUCAGUCUAAAGGAAUGGAUUUUACAGAGGCUUACUCAGAUACAUGUUCUGCUGUUGGCCUUGCUGCCAGGGAAGGAAAUGUAAAAACCCUAAGGAAACUGCUCAAGAAAGGAUGUAGUGUUGACGUUGCUGACAACAGAGGAUGGAUGCCAAUUCAUGAAGCAGCUUAUCACAAUUCUGUAGAAUGUUUACGGUUGCUAAUUCGUUCAGAUCCAUCUGAAAGAUACAUUAAAAUGAAGACCUUUGAGGGCUCUUGUGCAUUACAUCUUUCAGCAAGUAGAGGAUUCUUGAUGAUAACAAAAAUCCUUUUAGAAGCUGGGGCAGAUGCUAAUGAAACUACUUUAGAAGAAACCACUCCACUAUUUUUAGCUGUUGAAAAUGGACAUGCAGAUGUUGUAAAGCUGUUGCUUCGGCAUGGAGCAGAUGUUAAUGGAUCCCAUUCUAUGUGUGGGUGGAAUGCCCUGCACCAAGCAGCUUUUCAGGAAUACACUGAGUUAAUAAAAUUGCUUCUUAAAAAAGGAGCAAACAAGGAAUGCCAGGAUGACUUUGGGAUUACACCUUUAUUUGUUGCAGCCCAAUACGGAAAGCUGGAAAGUUUGAAUGUACUUGUUUCAUCUGGUGCUAAUGUCAAUUGUCAAGCUAUGGACAAAGCUACUCCAUUAUUCAUUGCUGCACAAGAGGGCCACACAAAUUGUGUGGAGCUUUUACUUUCUAAAGGGGCAGAUGCCAAUCUUUAUUGUAAUGAGGACAAAUGGCAGUUACCUAUUCAUGCAGCUGCACAAAUGGGUCAUAUAAGAAUCUUGGAUUUGCUAAUACCAAUUACUGAUAGAAUUUGUGACACUGGUCCGGACAAAGUGAGUCCUGUAUACUCAGCAGUGUUUGAAGGUCAUGAAGAUUGCCUAGAAAUGUUACUUAAAAAUGGCUACAGCCCAGAUGCCCAACCAGGUCUAGUCUUUGGAUGCAGUUCUCCCAUGUGUAUGGUCUUCCAAAGGGAUUCCGGGCACUUCGGAAUGGUGGAUAUUUUUCUGAAAUAUGGAGUCCAGCUAAAUGAAAUGCAUUUGGCGUACUGUCUGAAGUAUGAGAAGUUUUCGGUAUUUCGGUACUUCUUGAGAAAAGGCUGCCCAUUGGGAACAUGGAACCAUUUGUCUGAGUUUAUAAAGCAUGCAGUUAAAGCACAAGCAAAGUACAAGGAAUGGCUGCCAUCACUCCUAUUAGCAGGAUUCGACCCAGUCAAUCUACUCUGCAGUUAUUGGAUUCACUCAGUUGAUGAUGACAUUCUCAACUUUAGCCUGGAGUUCACUAAUUGGAAGCGUCUUCCCCUUGCUAUUGAGAAGAUCCUCUCUGCUCAUGCAGAAAACUCUUCCUGGGUCCCACUGCAUCAUUUUGUCUCUAUUCCUUCCCUGACUCACCUCUGCCGCUUGGAAAUUCGGUCCAUUCUAAAACCAGAACGCCUGCGAUCUGAUAAUUUUAUCCGUCAAUUACCACUUCCCGCUAGCCUACAUCAUUAUCUGCUCUAUGGAGAAGUCUUGAGAAUGAAUGAAAUUCCAGAACUGAUACUUACUCAGAAUGGAGAGACCAUUGAAACUAGUUAAUGGCCUAUUUAUUACUUUGAAGAUCAAGAGGAGAGUUGUGAAGUUGCUUCUGGUGAUUGGACAUUAAAACCAGCUCAUGCCUGAGGCUUUUCCUUAGGAAACCAUCUAUUGUGAAGCACUGUUGUUGCUGCAUUGCUGGUUUAUGCUCUAAACCUUAGUCAUGUUAUUUGCUAUGAUAUUCAUUUUGUUGAACCAUUUCCUCCCUCUUCAUUGAAAUUUUCAACUGCUUCAUCCUUUUAGUGAAUUUUGAACCUGGUCUGUGUGACUGCUUCUUAACACUAUGUUUUCAUCAACUGUUCUGUAUUUAUCUGGAACUGGAAACAUUUAGUGGAAUGUAUGUAGCCUCAGUGGAGCUAUUCACAGAGGAUGUUGAGCGUUUUGUAUAGAUUGUCUAUAAUGUUGAUAAAGGAACAGUCCUUGUUCUUGCUGUAUCCUUUUUUCAUUUCUUAACCUAUAUGACUUUUGUGAACAAUUGAUUUUUCAUAUGUAACCUCAGGGAAGUAUUCUUUUAAAAAUUAUGGAAAUAUGUUCAUUCUCCCAGUUUCUUUCUUCUUUUUAUCCUCUCUUUGUCAAAGAUUCAAUUUUUAAGUUUACAAGAGCAGAGACAGAUCUGGAUGCAAGCACAUACUCAGUUGAAAAGUCAGGUCUGUAUUGAUACAAGCCUUUAAUUUGAUUCUGAAUAGUAAGCAAAAUACUGAAGGAGUAAUUUUCUCCCAUCUUUGAAUAAGUGGUAUCUCUCCCGGGGUUUCUCACUUCAGUAUUCAGGUUAGGCCUUAUGACCUUUAAAGUCCCUUCUAAUUCUGACAUUCUGUGAUUUAUGAUUUAGAAUUCUGGCCCCAUAUCAAAGGUUUUAGUUUUGGACCUUUGUAACUGAGUGGCACUUCCUUUAACAUUUAGUUACAUAAAUAAGAUUAUCAGAUGACCAAAAAUGAAUACACACACACACACACACACACACCCCUGUGCAUGCACAUACACACAUAUACCUAUGAUACAUAUAAAAAUCAUUCUAAGUUAAUGAGUCACAGAAAAAAUUGUUUCCUGGAUGUACUGGGUAAGAAGUUGAUCAGUAGUCACUGGUCACUAAAUAGUGAUUCUCUGUGACUGGUUGACCUGUGGUCAGUCAGUAUUGGAUAUCUGUACUUUGACAGAUGGACUUUGACUCCAGACUCUACAGCAAAGAGGUUGUGAAUGUUCUUUGGUGAGUUCUGUUCUUAUCUACCAGGAAUAAGCUAAGUCCUUUGUCAUUGUGCUGAGAUGAAAUGGCUUACAGCAUAGCAGAUAGGUAUAAGUCAGCAACGUCCAUCUAUGCUAGAGCUUGACUUUUGUUCAGCCGAGGUAAUGCGGAGGCAAGAGCAAAUAAUGGUGAUAUGCUCUUUUUUUAUGGCCCAAAGAAAUAGCCAAAACUUUGCACUUAAAUGAAUUGCUGUCACAGUUGCAAGUAUUUUCUUACUUUUGCCAUUGCUAUUGGUGAGGAGGGAAGUUGGAACUACUAGAGAUACUUGAUCAUUUGGGUUCAUUUAUAGACAUGUAACAAAAUCUGAUUUGUGGUGAGGAAAGUGAAAAUGAUGGCAAAGAAUUGAAUUUAAAAAAAUGAUUCCUAAAUCUGGGCCAUACCAAGUCUUCACUGUGUCAUAGUAAUAUUCAUUUUUCAUAUCAUCUUUGCAUAUUCUCGAAUAAUAUUUCUAUUUUUAUUAAAUGAUCAGGAUAGAGACAAAUAUAGAUAGAUUUUUUGCUGUGGCUAAAUCUGUCUGUGUUUUGUUCAUAUUAUUCACAUGACAAUAAAUCAAUCUAUGGUUAAACAUUCAA